UUGUCAAAUUGAUAUACAGUAGCCAUCGGGUGCUGAUGUUGAUUAAACAUCUGCAUGCACCUUAAUAACAACGUGUUUAGUAAUGCACGGUUUUUUAGUAACUGAACCAUCAAGUUUAUAAGCAAUAAUGCUUGAUCCGUCAUCAAGUGAGGAAGAAUCGGAUGAUGAGGUUGCUGAAGAUGAUAAUUCAGACGUACUCAGCAUCCCAAGUGUGGAGCAAAGGAGUUUAUCAACAAGUGGUGAUAACCUUAGUGUUCUCACAGGGGCCCAGGUACAUUCACGGUCCAACAGCAUCCGACCUGGAAGCCCCAGCAUCCAGCCAAUUGAGCGACAUGAACGAGAGAAAAUUGAACUCGAUACAGAGAAACUGGAAAGAGAGGACGAGGAAAGAAAGCAGAGGCUACAGUUGUAUGUGUUUGUGAUGAGAUGCAUCGCGUACCCAUUCAAUGCUAAACAGCCCACUGAUAUGGCUCGAAGGCAAACGAAGAUAACUAAACCACAGUUACAAACAAUUAAAGAAAGAUUCAAUGCUUUCCUAAUUGGGGAAACAUCAAUUGUUGCGGAUGAAGCUUUCACAAAUGCAGUUCAAAGCUAUUAUGAAGUUUUUCUGAAAAGUGAUAGGGUAAUGAACAUGGUUAAAAGUGGUGGUUCGUCUGCAAAUGAUUUUCGAGAAGUGUUUAAAAACAACAUUGAGAAAAGAGUAAGAAGCUUGCCGGAAAUCGAUGGCUUGAGUAAAGAAACUGUGCUUAGCUCUUGGAUGACCAAAUUUGAUGCAAUUUUCAGAGGGGAGGAAGAUCCCAGAAAACAGGCUCAGAGAACACUAACUGCUGCAUCAGAGCUCAUUCUAAGCAAAGAACAAUUGUAUGAAAUGUUUCAAAAUAACCUUGGCGUGAAAAAAUACGAACAUCAAAUUUUAUACAAUGCAUGUCAGCUUGACAAUGCUGAUGAACAAGCAGCCCAGGUGAGGAGAGAGCUUGACAGUCGUCUGCAGCAAGUGGAACAAAUGUGCAAACGAAUGAGAUUAGAGCAGCUGAUAAGUCGAACCCCUGAUAGAGCAGUGAAAAGCAUAAAACUUGAUGAGACGCGCAAACACCCAAAGUUCGUUGUCAAGGAGAUGGAGUCAAUGUACACGGACGAACUCAAGGCUCAAAUCAACCUCCUCAUGGCCAACUUGGAAAGUCUUCCCGUCUCAAAGUCAGGAAGCUCAGAUUCUAGGCUGCAAAUGCUCAAACGUUAUCCAAGGACGCAGCACACGUCAUUGUCAAAGAUGGACAUCUCUGAAGACAAUGAACCUGGCCUCUCCAAGUUUGAUGUCGUCCUUUCAUUCACCUUAGAGGUGCACGUGGUGGAGGUGAAAGGCCUCAAGUCUCUGGCUCCCAACAAGAUUGUGUACUGCACGAUGGAGGUCGAGGGCGGAGAAAAGCUGCAGACGGACCAGGCGGAGGCCUCAAAGCCCAGCUGGGACACUCAGGGGGACUUCACCACCACCCACCCGCUGCCUGUAGUCAAGGUGAAGCUGUACACGGAGAGCUCCGGCAUGCUCAGUCUCGAGGACAAGGAGCUGGGAAAGGUUGUUCUACGGCCCACAGGCAACAGCAGCCGCCUGGCAGAGUGGCACAAGAUGAAGACCACCAAGAACACGCCGGACGACCUGUCCAUUAAAAUUGCUGUCCGCAUGGACAAACCCCAGAACAUGAAACACUGCGGAUACCUCUAUGCAAUAGGGAAGAACGUGUGGAAGAAAUGGAAGAAGCGGUACUUUGUACUUGUUCAAGUGUCCCAGUACACGUUUGCGAUGUGCAGUUACCGCGAGAGAAAACCGGACCCCACGGAGAUGAUGCAGCUUGAUGGCUUUACCGUCGACUACUGCGAGUCAUUGCCAGACCUAGAGGGUGGCAAGUUCUUCUUCAACACCGUGAAAGAGGGGGACAAUGUGACGUUUGCCUCUGAUGAUGAGAACGAGAGAGCCUUGUGGGUGCAGGCGAUAUACCGCGCCACGGGGCAGACCCACAAGCCUGUCCCUCCCAUGGUGCAGACAAACAAGAUCAGUAACACACAGAUCUCCAGGAUGCAGGGAGACGCAGACCGGGCCCGCAAGCAUGGGCUGGACGAGUUUGUGCAGGCCUACCCCUGUGACUUUGACCAUCAUCACCUCUUCAAAAUGUUGCAAACGCUUACUUUAGACUAUCGGCUGAAUGAUGCUUACACGUGCCUGGGUUGGUUCAGUCCGGGGCAGGUGUUUGUACUGGAUGAGUACUGCGCCAGGUAUGGUGUACGCGGUUGCCAUAGACACCUGUGUUACCUUAACGACCUUCUGGAGCGUGCAGAGAAUGGCAUCAUGAUUGACCCCACGCUCAUACACUACAGCUUUGCGUUCUGCGCCUCUCACGUCCAUGGGAACAGACCAGACUGUAUAGGGACAGUUCUUGUGUCUGAACGUGACAAGUUUGACGAGAUCAAGGAGAGGCUGAGAAUUCUUCUAGAAAACCAGAUCACACACUUCAGGUACUGCUUCCCAUUUGGUCGACCAGAAGGGGCUUUGAAAGCCACGCUGUCACUGCUGGAAAGGGUAUUGAUGAAGGACAUUGUCACACCUGUGCCACCCGAAGAGGUGAGAUCUGUCAUCAAGAAAUGUCUGGAAAAUGCAGCCCUUGUCAACUACACUCGCAUAUCUGAGUAUGCAAAGAUAGAAGAGUACCCUGAAGUUUUUGAGGCUCCCUCAGAGGGCCUUGGGGAGGACUCGAGUUCCCAGAAGAAGAGACUGGACGAUGUGAUGCACCUGGCCGAGCUCUGUGUGGAGGUGCUGCAGCAGAACGAGGAGCACCAUGCUGAGGCGUUUGCGUGGUUCAGUGACCUCCUGGUGGAACAUGCGGAGAUCUUCUGGUCGCUGUUUGCGGUCGACAUGGACGCAGCUCUAGAGGCUCAGCCCCCCGACACCUGGGACAGCUUCCCACUCUUUCAGAUGCUCAAUGACUAUCUCAGAACUGAUGAGAAUUUAUGCAAUGGCAAGUUCCACCUUCACCUUCGUGACAUGUUUGCCCCCCAAGUGGUGCGGUAUGUGGACCUGAUGGAGUCCUCCAUCGCCCAGUCCAUACACCGCGGCUUUGAGAAGGAGCGCUGGGAAACACAGGGCAACGGGUGUGCCACCUCGGAGGACAUGCUCUGGAAGCUAGACGCCCUGCAGUCGUUCAUCCGUGAGCUCCACUGGCCCGAGGAGGUGUUCGCGGAACACCUCGACCAUCGACUCAAGCUCAUGGCCGCCGACAUGAUCGAGGCGGCUGCUAAGAGGACUCUGAAGUCAUUUGAGACAUACUUACGUAAAGGUGGUCGCAGUACUGACUACUUCAUUCCACCAGAGGUGUGUGUGAUGAUGAACACAAUAAUUGACUGCAAAAACAAGGCUCUUCAUUUAUGUGCCCUUGACAGUGGAGACAUGAAAAGCUUGUUCAAAAAUGGAUUGACGCGUCCUAUUCCUGGGCCUACGCAUCAGUAUCACACGAAGAUUGACGAGUUUCUAGAGAGGGUACAGGUGCAGAUGGUGAAAUGCAUCAUUGAAAAGCUGCUGUCUGUUCUGGAGUCCGUCCUCAGCAAGCUCUCCCGCUACGACGAGGGGACUUUCUUCUCUUCUAUUCUCUCACUUACGAAACCAGUCAAUGAGUUGGGCAAGGCCUAUGUAGACUUCAUGAGGGGCAAUCUGGAUACCCUGAGGCAGAAGAUCAUUGAUGAACUGUUUGUCCUCUCCAUAUUUGAGCAAUGGUACGGAGACCAGAUGAAGAUGCUAUGUGACUGGCUGACUGACAGACUGGACCUGUCUCUGCACGCCUACCAGCUCACCUGCAUCAUGGCCAUUACUAGGAAAAGUUACUCAGACUUUGAGCUGCAAGGUGUCUUGGAGCACAUACUGAACAGUAAAACCUACCAGACCAUUUGUAGCCGCCUUCAGGUUGAGGAAGCCACACAGUCUGUCACCCAAUCAGAGACCAGCAGCAAGACGAGAUUCCUCUCUGGUAUGGGUGGCAACAACAGUGCCAGCGGCGAUGAAUCGGACUGAGAAACCCCACACCAUGGCAGACUGGGCAUGGGCACUUUAUGACAAGGGAUAGAAACUAAUGGUUGCCCCUUAGCCCGGGGCGAGUAGAUUUUUAUGUAGGCAACUCAAUUUUUGAAAGUUGUAAGUCAGUCUGGGAGCUUGUUUAAAGCUUGAAAAAAGUGAUGCAAUCCAUAUUAGUAAAUUAGUUUUAAAAAUGUUGACAGUGGAUCAAUUUAUUUUUUUUGAAAUAUAAUAUUUAAUAUUUAAAAUUUUCAUUAAUUUAGGCCUAUUAAAUUAUUUAAAUCAGACUCAUAAGAGGACAUGAUGUAAUAAAAUUGCUUCAUGUGAGCAGUGUUGUUGUUCUAUCAUCUAUUAUUAUAUUUAAAGAAAGUUUUUGAAACAUAAAUUAUGUAGAAGCAUAAAUUAUGACAUGUAAAUGGUUCUGGCCGGGUUCUUUACUCGUUGCCGGGCACCCAAGAUGCUGAAGAUGGUUGCCCAUGACGGCAACCAAUUAUGUAAAAAAUUGUUUCAAUCAUUGAUGAUGGACAUAACGUAGUCUCCUCAUGGCACCAAGACUAGUUCAGGUUCCAAUCUCAAACUGACUGUAGAAUGCAUGUAAUAUUUUGGUGUCAAUAUUCAUUGGUUUCAAAUUAGGACUUAGAAAAAGCUUAGUGUUUAUAGUCAUGGGACCAUGUGGUCAUCCUGUUUAUGUUAAAUUUAGCCUUCUGGAAUUGUCAAAGAAACAAGAGUUUGUUAAAAGUUUGUAUUGUUUUGUGUAAAGCUGAGAAAACAUUGCUUUGUAUGAGUUAAGA